AUGUCUGCCUCUGACUCGCAUUUCUCUCCCUCGCAGCAACAGCAGUGCGCCCCGUGGUCCCAGCAAGGCCCGCACCUCCUCCCCCCGAUGCACGUCCAGUCUGCCUUCCCGUCGCCGUCGUCGUCGGCCGCACCGCUCAGCGACCAGCACUACCCUGCCUACUACUCGCAGCCCCAGCAGCAGCAGGCCACGCAGGCGGGAAUCAGUGACGGCAUCGUCGACAGGGUCGACCACCGCGCGUCUCUCUCGCUUAACCUCUCCUCCCUCUCCGUCACCUCGCCCACCAGCCUUUCGCCCAUCAACCCCUCUCCGCACCCGUCUACCCAAGCGUCGAGCCACGUCUCACCCAUCACCCCCAUCAGCCCCUCUGCGGCAGGGAGUCUUCACCCACACCACUCCCAUCAUCACGCUCACCACCCUACCCACGUUCAGCAGCAGCCGUUCCAAUUCGCUGCGCCAGACCAGGGCGUGCGGUACGACGACGUGCACUACGACUACGCCUCGCGCCGGCUGACAAGCAGCCGCUCGUCGUCCUCUUCCGAAAAAUCUGUUCCGCGCAAGCGCAGUUUCUCCACGGUGCCCGCACUUUCGACGUCCAUCGAAGAGUCCGCAUACGACCACCCGAUGGACGCCGCCUCGUACGACGAGGUCGAGAUGUCGUACGGCGGUAUUGAGCCCGAAGGCAGCCCGGUCGACGGGAGCACGAGCGGUGGCGAGCAGGACGACCAGCUGAAGCCUCUUGACGGGCAGAUGCACUCCACCGUCUCGGGCAUCCACUCGGGCCUUCCUGCCUCGAUGGGCAUGCUCGGAAAGCCUCUCGGCACGAAUAAUUUUGUCACGAAGCUGUACCAGAUGAUCAACGAUCCGAAGUCGGCGCAGUUUAUUACGUGGACCGAGCUCGGCACCAGUUUCGUGGUCUCGAACGUCGGUGAAUUCAGCAGAACGAUUUUGGGGUCACAUUUCAAGCAUAAUAACUUUUCGAGUUUCGUGAGGCAACUCAACAUGUAUGGCUUCCACAAGAUCAACCGUACACCACGCGCGCAGCGCACCUCUGCGGACGUCCAGACAUGGGAGUUCUCCCAUCUCAAGUUCCUGCGUGGGCGGCCAGAUCUCUUGGAAGAGAUUAAGCGGAAAGCGUUAGAGCCGGACCCGUCGGUGAAGCACCGUGUCGAGCUGCCCGGCGAGGUUGCCGCUCAGUUGAGUCAAGUUCGGGAAGACAACCGCAGACUGACUCUGGCGUUCCACGCGGAGAGAAGCAAAGUCGAGCGUCUCGCCCACGUCACCAAGGCCAUGUACGACAUCAUGUCCCGGACGUAUCCAGGAAGUGUGCCCAUGUCGUUCCCGAGCGACAUCCUCGAGCCCACAGAGAGUCCGAACAUUUACAUCACCUCGCCCACGAGUGCCGGGCCACACGGACACUUCUCCGGGCUCUCGCUCAGCGGCUCGCUACACUCGCUGCACACAGUCAGCCCAGGCUCAAGCCCGACCGCAGCCGAGUUCCCGUCGCAUGCACACACGCCGAACACGCUCUCGCGACAGCACUCGUUCCAGCACCUGCCACCGUACGACACAAGCGCACCGCUCCACGCACACGCGCUCGGGCAUGGCGUGUCCUCGGCGCGCUACGAGACCGCGCUUUCGACUCCACUGCCGCCAUCGCCCGGGGUGGACCUGUCUGACGACCCUCGCGCAAAGCGCCAGCGCACAGGUCCGCCACCCACGUCCGGAGACGCAGCUAAGAAGGGCUCGCGGGCGCGCAGCGAUUCGGCGCCGCUGGGGUAUGGACUGACGUCGGGUUGGCCGCAGACACGGCCCCGGAGCGGGAGUGGGCUGGGGCCCCGCGCGGCAGGGCGGCGAGACGAGCUCCCAGUCCCAAAUAUCGGCACGCUUUCGCGCGGGCACACGCUGCCCAUGAUCUCGUCUGUGGGGAAACCAACCUCGAGUUGA